AUGAGUAGGGUCACUGCCAAGGCCGAUGCUGACGCUGCCGCGUUACUGCCGCGAGUGAUCGUCUUCGAUCUCGAUGGAACUCUCUGGACCCCGGAGAUGUACCAGCUGUGGGGCGGCUCCCCCUUCAAGCCGCACAAGCAGAACCCCAGCAUCAUGAUUGACAAGUCUGGCACGGAGGUGCGCCUCAUCGGCGAGUCUCGCGACGUCUUGCAGACCCUUGCGACGAACCCGAAGUGGGCAAACACAUACCUCGCCAUCUCUUCCACCUGCGACGUCCCCAGCUGGGCAAAGGAGCUGCUGGGCACAUUCGAAUUCACCGACUGUGCCGGAAAGACGGUGCCCAUGCACAGCCUAUUCGGUGACCGCAUCGAGAUCUACAAGGCGAACAAGGCGAAGCAGCACGAGAUGAUCCUUCAAAAGGUGAACAAGCUCGACCCGAGCGUGUCCGAGUACGCGCAGAUGCUCUUCUUCGACAAUCAAACGGACAAUGUGCACCAUGUGUCUGGCAUUGGUGUGACGUCCUACUACUGCCCCAGUGGAAUGACGAAGGGGACGUUCGAGAAGGGUCUGCAAAUGUGGCGCCGCGCGCAGCUAUCGAAGAUGUGA